AUGGAGGGGAAGAUGCAGAAGUUUUCUACACUUGAGACAUGGUGGAUGCUGCGUAAUGCCAAAAGUUCCUGCAGUUGGGCCAGAGGUAUUUGGUUUACUCAAGCGACGCCGAAGUUCGCUUUCAUGACCUGGUUAUCGAUGCUUGAUAGAAUGUCUACAUUGGAUAGGAUUUCUAAGUGGAAUCAGAGGAUUGAUACUACUUGUGCCCUAUGUAAGAGUGCUCCAGAGACAAGAAACCAUUUGUUCUUUAUGUGCGCUUACUCCUCUCAGAUUUGGGAACAUAUCGCUAGGGGCAUUCUCUGCGGUUCUUACACCAAUGUAUGGUCUGAGAUAGUAAGCAUUAUUGGAGAUGAGACCAUGGAAAGGAAGCGACUGUUCUGUGUGAGAUAUGCUUUUCAAGCGGUCUUAUAUGCGGUUUGGAGGGAACGCAAUAAGAUCAUUCAUGGAGAUAAGUUGUUGCCUCUGACUACAUUGAAGAGAAUGAUUGAUAAAGGGAUUCGUAACAAGAUUACUUUGAUGAGAAAUCAUGGUGUGAAAGGAAUGGGGGAACUUAUGCAAUUCUGGUUCCUUACUAGAGUGUGA